AUGCGUGCUCGUUCACGUCGUUCCGCAACGCACGUUCACGUGGACGACGUGCCUACUGCGUCAUUUGAGCGCCGCUUCGCUACCGAUGCACUUUUUUCCCCCAAAAGCCCAAAGAUAGAUGUUCCGAUUUCAGUCCCUGGAUGAAGACUGUACGUUGGAGGAAGAAGACGAGGGACUGGUAGAAGAUGAAGAUGAAAUUGAUCAGUUCAAUGAUGACACCUUCGGUGCUGGGGCCAUCGAUGACGACUGGCAGGAAGAACACAAGCGCCUCGCUGGGCUUGAAGACAAGGACGGGCUUGGCGCGGAGCUGGCUUUGGGAGGAGGGGGAAUGGGAGGAGAAUCUGAUUUAGGCGCAGCUCAGACCUCAACCUCCACCCAUCUCCAUUCAGCAGGCCAUGCCCCCCUUUCUUCACUGAAGUUCUCCUUGUCUUCCUCUGAACUGCCUUCAGAUGUAGAUGAUCGAGGGGGAGGGGACUUGGCUGAGUCCCUCGCCAGACUCAUUCUGGAGGCUGACCCGGCCAUCGCAGGGGUCGGAGCAGCUGAGAGACCUGGUCCGUCCCCCAGCUCUUCACGUUCCAGCCUUUCUGCUCUACAAGGCUUGAAUCGCCCCGGAGUCCCGGCCCAGCCCUCCUCCAUCCCUCAUCCCAUUCAACCGCACCAGCAUCCCCAGCACCCCCAGCACGAGCUACCUCCUGGGCCCUCUGCUUCAGGCCUUCCUCCUGGCCCUCCGCUCUCGUCAAUGCUCAGCUACCAACAACAGCAGCAUUUACUGCGCAGAGGGACUGCUCCGAUGGCCCAGAUGAACUCUCACAGUAUCUGGGAGAACAGUAUGGGUUUUGGGCCUGUCAGUGUCACUCCUGGACUGGUUACACACAUGGAGGAUAGUCCUCUAAUGUCUAUAAUUAAAGAGGUGGGCCUUCCAAAAAGACCUCCUCAGUCUAGGAAUGAUGAAGUACGGGACUUGUCAGAGAGGGUACCACCCCCACGCUCUUCUUCUCCUGUGAUUGGGUCCCCGCCGGUGAGGGCAGUGCCUAUUGGAACCCCGCCCAAACAGCCAAUGAGCCAUGCUCUAAAUCAUCAGAUUCACCAUCCCACGGCGGUUCAUGUGAGAGCCCCGGUCCAGCACAGAUACCCUCCUCCUUUCCCUGAGCGUGUGUCACCCAACACCCUCCUCAAUAUAGCUAACUCUCCGCUGUGUCGUGGUCCGUUCCCGCCCGGAGUUGGUACAGUCCUGUCUCAGAUUCAACAUGCUCAGCUGCUCAACUCUCAGGUGGCUGGUUUUCCUCGCGGUGGACCUGGGCCUCCUUUGUUACCUGUUGGUAGUGGUUUCAGGCCAUUCUUCGGGGGGCCCCCUCCUCCACUUGGUCACAGAAUGGGCCCGCCCCCUCACGGCCACCUCAACCACACGCCACCCAUCCGGCAUAACACCACCCACCUUCACCCCCAGCACCGCCGGAUGCUCACACAGCGCAUGCAGAGCCGGGGAGGGGACCGCGGCAGGACUGGAGGGGACCGGCGAAGCAGGGACCCCUACAGUAACCUAAUGACUCAGAAAGAGAAGGAAUGGGUAACCAAGAUCCAGAUGAUGCAGCUGCAAAGUACUGACCCUUAUCUGGACGACUACUACUACCAGAAUUACUAUGAAAAGAUGGAGAAACGUCAAGACAGAGAGAGUGACAGCAGCAAGAAGGAAUACACGACCAAACUGAUAACUCCACAGGUCGCCAAGGUUGAACACACCUACAGACCAGUUCAGUUUGCAGGCUCUCUUGGGAAGCUGACCGUCUCCAGCGUCAACAACCCUCGCAAGAUGAUUGAUGCUGUGGUGACAACCCGCACAGAUGACGAGGAGAAAAGAGAGAAGCAGGUGUGGAACAAGAGGCGACAGAUCCUCUACACUGUGGAGAAGAUGUACAGUAUGCUGUUGGAGGUUCAAGACUUUGAAAAACGUUUUGUACAGGCGCCAGAGGAGGACAGGGAGGCUCUUCUGGAGCGGCAUAAAACCAACACCACACAGUUGUGCAACUCUCUGCGGGAGAAGGAGUGGGACAACAGAGUGAAUGAUGAGCAGUGUGUGAUGAUCAUGUCAGUGAGGAAGGGCAAGCGGCUCAUCUCCAGGCUCCUCCCCUUCCUGCCCUCACCGCAGGCCGCCGCCGUUGUCAUGGCGAUUUCCCGUAAUCUCCCUGCCCUGGCCAAGAAGGACAAGCAGGACCAGGUGCUGUGCUGGUUAGUUGAACCGGUUUCUGCAGUGAUCCAGUCAUUGUCAAGCUCCACCCUUACAGACUUGCUCCAGGAGCUUCAGGGCAGUGAGGGCCAGCUGGCUACAGUACUGCACAACAAGUUUGGUGUGACACUGCUCUAUCUGAUCCUGAGUGAAGGAGAGAGGAUGCAAAGCACUGAUCCGAACUGUCAACUCAUGGACGACAAUCGAUGGACUGAGUUGGUGUUUUCAGUGACGAGGGAGUUGCUCAGCGUCCCCAGCUCAUCGCUCUCCCCCCCCCUCUUCAUGCCUCCUAACCUGCUCUCUCUCUUCUCCCGCUACGUCGAUCGCCAGAGGCUGGAUCUGUUACAGGACAAGCUACAGUGAGUUCCAUGGACAAACACUAAAAGGAUCACUUCGUCCAGUUAGAAGUUACAACUGCUAUCAACACAACUCACUCCCUACCGGAUGCAGACCUUUCUUUUUGUGUGUUGUAUGUAUGUGUGUGUUUAUGUGCGUGUGUGUGCAUGUGCUUUGGAGGUGAAUCCCUCGUGGAUUGAAUUUUAAUACCGCAGAAUCUCUCGUCCCUUGUUUUUCUUUGUCUUUAGUCUCCGGACUGUCUGUGUGAGUGUCUGUCUGUCUGAGUGAAUGAGUGACUGCGCAUGAGGAACAGACUGGCGAUUAUAAUGAAAUCAUUUUUAAAUAUCUUGUUUACGAUUAUGCCUGUGAUGAAACUUCAAAUUAAA